UAGGAGUAGGAGGCGUCAGACCCCAGGCCUCUAGCUGCUCGCGUGGCGAAGUUCUCUUGUCCCAGGCCCCGCAGGUUGGCAGCUCUGUCCCCGCUCCCGAGAGCGCCCAGGCUUCCCGAGACUGGGGAAGCAUCCCAGCCCGCGCGACGGUGAGGAUUCCGGGAACCUCUUGGAGCAGUCGGGGACUGUGGAGAGAGCCGGGGGCGGGGACUGGACGAGGCUGAGAAAGGGAGCCAACGACUCUGGGACUUCUGCCCACUCUCCCAGCUUCGGGGACCCCCAGCUGCUGAGUUGAGUCUGCUGAGAUACAAGGAGAAUUGAAGGCCUCCAGCUCUGAUCCUGUUGUGAUUUGCUCUAAACUCUCUCAGUUCGUGCAGUUUGGUCAAGAAAUCUCAGGCCCUCUCUCAGUUCCUUUGCUUGCUGCCGUGGCCUUGGCGGCACCCUCCUGCAGUGGUCAGCCCAGGGCUUCCCUCACCCAUGCAGUCCCCUGCUACCACUUUUGAGGGCCUCAGUGGUUCCCUUUUUGGGGCCUACACACUCCCUACCUUCAAGUUCCAGCCUCGCCAUGAGAGCAUGGACUGGAGGCGCAUUAGCGCCCUGGAUGUGGACCGUGUGGCCCGGGAGCUGGAUGUGGCCACCCUGCAGGAGAACAUUGCUGGAGUCACCUUCUGCAACAUGGACCGGGAGGCAUGCAGCCGCUGUGGGCAGCCUGUGGACCCAGCGCUGCUCAAGGUGCUGCGCCUGGCACAGCUCAUCAUAGAGUACUUGCUGCACUGCCAGGACUGCCUGAGUGCCAGUGUUGCCCAGCUGGAGGCGCGGCUGCAGGCCAGCCUGGGCCAGCAGGAGCGCGGUCAGCAGGAGCUGGGCCGCCAGGCUGAUGAGCUCAAGGGUGUGCGAGAGGAGAGCCGCCGGCGUCGCAAGCUGAUCAGUACCUUGCAGCAGCUGCUCCUGCAGACAGGUGCCCACAGCUACCACACGUGCCACCUGUGUGACAAGACGUUCAUGAAUGCUACCUUUCUCCAGGGCCACAUCCAGCGCAGGCAUGGUGGAAAACAGAAGCAGGAACAGCCAGUGGAGGAGGUGUUAGAAGAGCUGCGGGCCAAGCUAAAGUGGACCCAAGGGGAGCUGGAAGCCCAGCGGGAGGCUGAGAGGCAGCGGCAGCUCCAGGAAGCAGAGAUCACUCGUCAGAGGGACAUGGAAGCUAAGAAAGAAUUUGAUGAAUGGAAAGAAAAAGAGCGGGCCAAGCUAUAUGGGGAAAUAGACAAGCUAAAAAAAUUAUUUUGGGAUGAAUUUAAAAGUGUUGCCAACCAUAACUCUACGCUGGAAGAGAAACUAAAGGCACUGCAGUCCCAUAGUAUGAUGGGCUCCAACCUUGGGUCUCUGCGGGAUGAGGAGUCUGAGGAGCGCCUCAGGCAGGCACAGGAGCUCCGGCACCUGAGGGAGAAGAUGGAAAUCCAGAAGACAGAAUGGAAGAGAAAAAUGAAGGACAUGCAGGAAGAGCACGCAGCUCAGAAAAGAGAGCUGCAGGAGGAGAACGAAAGGCUCCAGGCUUCCCUGUCUCAGGAUCAGAGGACAGCAGCUGCCCAGUCGCAGCGCCAGAUCCAUGCCCUCCGCACCCAGCUCCAGGAACAAGCCAGGCUCAUCGCGUCCCAGGAGGAGAUGAUCCAGACCAUGUCUCUCAGGAAAGUGGAGGGGAUCCGUGAGGGCCUAAAGGCUAUGGACACAGAAGAGCACUCUUCCGAGGAAGAGCUGGAGGAAUCACGAGAUGGACAGCGUAAGGUGCUGGAAGCUCUGAGGCGAAACCCCACCUUGCUGAAGCAGUUCAGGCCAGUCCUGGAAGACGCCCUGGAAGAGAAACUGGAAAGCAUGGGGAUAAAGAGAGAUGCAAAGGGAAUCCCUGUUCAGACUCUCAGACACCUGGAGACGCUCCUGAGAGCCCAGAGGGAGCAGAAGGCAGGGAGGUUUUCUGGCUUUCUGAGCCUGAGGAGAAAGCUCAUCAAGGAAACCACCAGCAGAGUGAAGGAGAGACAGAGGAGUGGAGCCCCGAUGUCCCAGGCAGACAGCAAAGCUCCAGCCAAAAGCCAGCAGAGUCCUUUGGUCACCAAAGAGGUCCAGGCAAAGGCCAGGACCCUGCAUGUGGCAUUGCCAUCCAAGCUGGCAGCUGUUCAGCACUGCGGCAGCCAUGGCCCUGGGCUGGCGCAGGUGCCCACCCCUACACCACGCCUCACAGUGCAUGGACCCUCUGGCGCCCCUGCUUCCCCAGGACCGGGGUUAAGCAGUACGCCCCCAUUCAGUUCUGAAGAGGACUCGGAGGGAGACUCUGUGCAGCGAGCAUCUCUCCAACCCCCACAAGUUCCUUCCAGGAUGGGGCCUCAGCCUGAGGACUGGUCUGAUACCGAGACCUCGGAGGGGAGCACCCAGCCCUCUGGCAAGGGCUCAGGCAUGCUGGCUUCCUCAGGAACAUUGGUGCAAUCGAUGGUCAAAAAUCUUGAGAAGCAGCUGGAGGCUCCGGUGAAGAAACCUGCUGGAGGGGUCAAUCUGUUUUCAACACCCAACGCUGAGCCACGGAGGGCGGCCGCGCCAGGAAGGAAGCCUCAGCUUUCUGAUGAUGAGAGUGACUUGGAGAUCUCUUCCUUGGAAGAUCUCCCCCAGGACCUGGACCAGAAAGAGAAACCGAAGCCCUUGUCUCGCUUGAAGCUCCCAGAGAAGUUUGGCAUCAGUGCUUGGAGCCCUGGCCAAGCCAGGGUCCCUGGCUGGUGAUCCCACUGCAGAGCCUGGCUGGCUGGAGGACCAGUCUUAUCACUGGCUUGGGCCAGCUGAGGUUCCACCUCAACAGAAGAGGCUGCUGGACCUCUUGUCUUCACCAGUAACCAAGAGGUCUUCUCCCUUGGAGAGAAGUGAAACAGAAGACGAAUAUGACUUCUCCCCGCCAGCCUGUGAGGGACCCUCCCACACAGUGCUACGGAGGCCUGGCUGGGUGCCCCUGCAGCUUAAGAAGGGUUGUAACAGGACCUCUAAGCAGUUUUCUUCCUCCACCUCCAUGUUCUCACCAGACUGGAAGGAGCCACUUGGUCUCUAUUGUCAAGCAUUUGUAAACCUGCAGGAACACUGUGGAGGUGGGUCUUAGAUGGGGUCUUUUUGGGGACAUAUGUCUCAGUCAGUCAUUCGGUGAUUGAUCCAAAGUCAUUUACUGGGUACCUGCUCUGUGCCAGGUCCUCCAUUGCUAAAUUGGGGUGCAGGCAGAGGUAGGUGAGGCAGAAAGUAUGGGGUAGUAAUCUAGUGACAGAGAUUAGGGUGUUAUAGGAGCAGAGCGGAGCCACCCAAUGCAGCCUGGGGUGAUCUUGGAGACCUUCCCAUAGUUUAUACCAGGCAGAGCUUGCUCAUGGGUGGCAACAAGGAGGGCCCCUUGACUGGGGCCUCAUAUCCCCAAAGGACCACAAAUUUAAUUUUUGAUAUUAUUUCCAAAUUUAAGUUAUAUGU